CGGUGCUUUUUCACAGUGUACCAUACAUUUUUCGCUCCAAACACGGCGGACAACUGUUGUUGUUGUCUGAAAAGUGUUUAUAGCGCUCGCGUGUCGGUGUUUUUGUCGAGUCCAGCUCGUCAUGUCGGACACGUGGAGCAACAUCCAGGCGCACAAGAAGCAGCUGGACUCUCUGCGGGAGAGGCUGCAGCGGCGGCGGAAAGACCCGACGCAGCUGUCCGCGGACGGUGGAAGCAGUGCGGAGGGUUCCACAGUCAGGAGUGACAGCCCGGCUCCGUCAGCGCCGCCGCCCUCUCAGGAGGAGACGGAAAAACCACCAGACCCCGAACUAGAGAAAAGACUGCUGGGAUAUCUGUCCGAUCUGAGUCUCUCGCUGCCGACAGACUCCCUCGCCAUCACAAAUGAACUCAGUUCAGAAACAGCUGUCAGUCACGGAUGCAUCCAGAGUCUACUGCUAAAAUUCUCCGCUCAGGAGCUCAUCGAAGUCCGGCAGCCCACCUCAGCCUCUUCUUCUACUUCUUCCUCGCCAUCAGUCGUGGUGGCAGUGGACCACACAAAACUAUGGGCCAUGAUCGGGUCUGCGGUCGGAGCCCAGCGAGCCGGAGUCAAGAGAAAAGCAGAAGAUCCGGCCCAUCAUAAAAGAGCUGCAGGCUUCCCGCCCUCGCUUCAGAGCUCUGCUUCUCCUCCGCACUCCUCCUUCACCUCUCUGACGCCGGCGUCCUCCUCGCAGCUGGCGGGGCCUUCGGCGUCGGGGAGCGGGGCCGAGAAGAAGGGCAGGAGCAGUAAAAGCCAGUCGUCCCACUUGGACAUGGAGAUCGAGAGUCUCCUGAACCAGCAGUCCACCAAAGAGCAGCAGAGCAAGAAGGUGAGCCGAGAGAUUCUGGAGCUGCUGAACGCCAGCACAGCGAAGGAGCAGUCCAUCGUGGAAAAGUUUCGAUCACGCGGCCGAGCUCAGGUCCAAGAGUUCUGCGACCACGGGACCAAAGAGGAGUGUGUGCGCUCCGGAGACACACCGCAGCCGUGCACCAAGUUACACUUCCGUCGCAUCAUCAACAAGCACACAGACGAGAGCCUCGGCGACUGCUCCUUCCUCAACACGUGUUUCCACAUGGACACCUGCAAAUACGUCCACUACGAGAUCGACAGUCCUCCAGAGGCCGAGGGGAGCCUGCUGGGGCCCCAGGCAGGGACCACGGAGCUCGGCCUCUGUGCAGGGGACGCGGACAGCAACGUGGGCAAACUGUUCCCCUCGCAGUGGAUCUGCUGCGAUAUCCGCUACUUAGACGUGUCCAUCCUCGGGAAGUUUGCCGUGGUGAUGGCCGAUCCUCCGUGGGACAUCCACAUGGAGCUGCCUUACGGUACGCUGACCGACGACGAGAUGAGAAAACUCAACAUCCCCAUCCUGCAGGACGACGGCUUCCUCUUCCUCUGGGUCACCGGCAGGGCCAUGGAGCUGGGCAGAGAGUGUCUCAGUCUUUGGGGCUAUGAUCGAGUGGACGAAAUCAUCUGGGUGAAAACGAACCAGCUUCAGAGAAUCAUCCGCACAGGGAGGACGGGCCACUGGCUGAACCACGGGAAGGAGCACUGUCUCGUGGGUGUGAAGGGAAACCCUCAGGGAUUUAACAGAGGUUUGGACUGUGAUGUCAUUGUAGCUGAGGUCCGCUCCACCAGUCACAAACCGGAUGAGAUCUACGGGAUGAUAGAGAGACUCUCGCCCGGCACCAGAAAGAUCGAGCUCUUCGGUCGACCCCACAACGUCCAGCCCAACUGGGUAACUCUUGGAAACCAGCUCGAUGGCAUCCAUCUGUUGGAUCCUGACGUCGUGGCUCGAUUUAAGAGUCGUUAUCCAGACGGCGUCAUCUCCAAACCCAAGAGCAUGCAGUGAUGACUUUGUCAGUGGUCGCAGGUUUGGAGAACUUUGUCUAAAGACUGCUUUUUGUUUUUUUAUACCAGUGCACUCUUUUUUUUAAAAAUAAAUGUCACAUUAAGAAAUAAUGUUAAUCACUUUUGGUGUUGCUUUCGGUGGAAUGUUUCCCUCAUUUCUGGUUUUCACUGUGUGUAAUCGCCACAUUUAAUGCUACAAAACUUCACAUUCAACAUCGACAAAAACACAGGAGACAUUUUUUAGUGUACAUUUUUAGUUAUUUUGUUAGUAAAGAAUAAAGAUUCUUUCCUUUUGACAUACUGUAGGUUUUGAAUAAGUGAUGAUGAGUUUUGCAACAAAGGACAAACACUGAAUUUUAACAUUUCAGCAGGUGUUUCACAGUCAUUUGGGAUCAGCACAUAACAUUCACGUGUUUAUUGUGGGCAAAUACAGAAACAAGUUCAUCCUAAAAGUCUGAAGUUAUUUUUGUUAAUAAAAACAGGAAAUACAUUUUGAUAUCAAAUGCAACCAGGAGUUUUUUUUUUUUAUUAUUAGAAGUAGAGAAAUUAGCGAGGGUGAGCUGAAGCCAAACAUGACAUAAUGCCUAAUAGAAAUAUGUUUUGUUGUGGAGCUCAGUUUGCUUAAUGCUUUCAAAAGAGGAACUAACUAAAGGCAAAAAAAGCUGCUGAGCAUCUUCCUCUGUUUUAUUUCAGGAUAAGAAAGUAAACCAGGCGUGGUUAUAAGAAAUGUCAACUGUCUGUUGAGAAAUGUGAUAUCACAAUGAUGAUCAGGUUAGAUAGAGACAUCCAUCAUCAUACAUCAGGGUUCCCACAUCCUUGAAAUCCAUAGAAGUUGGCUAAGCUGAGGGGAAAAAUCAAGGCCUUUAUAUAGACAGAAAUAGAAAGGGGUCAUUGAAAGUGCUUGAAGUGCAAGAAUAGAAAUUGAAAGUUCUUUUUAUACGUUUUUAAUCGAUGUUUGGGGGCUACGUUCUUCUGUCUGCAUAUGAGUCUCCCACAGUUGUGUCACUGUGUCACGUUUGACUUGCCUCGAGAAAGUGUGACAGUCCUGUUUGUGCCUGAAUAAUUGAAACGAAUGCGUGAUGGGUCCUUGAAUUUGAUUGCCUGGAUGUCGACCUCUGAAUGUGGCCACUCUGCUGUGUUUGAGUUGACUGAUUAGCCUCGCAUUGUGACAGGACACAGCGGUUUACUGGUUAAAAUAUGUCUUAAAAUAUCACUCAUUGUCGUAGCUUGUUUUUACUUUGCUCCGUCUCACUCGGUUUUGCAGCAACAC